UGGAGGCAGCUCCGCUGGCAUCGCUGCUGCUGCAGGCACAGACCCUCCAUUGUCAGCCCUGGGGGGGCCCGGCCCUGCAUGGGGGCGCGGGACAGGCCAGCAGCACGGGGCUGGGCGUAGGGGGUGUCCUGGAGGGGCACAGGGGGUGUCACCUGCAGGGCGGGCAUCCUGCGCUGCCGGGGCUCAGGUGGGGAGCGGGGGGGCUGCCCCGUGAGCCCCCCGGAGCAGGGGGGAGAUGAGCGCUCAGGAUGAGCAGUUCCCAGCAGCAGCCCCUGAGCCAGCGGCUCCCUCCGCCGAUGAUGGCAUGACCUGGUGGUACAGGUGGCUCUGCAGGAUUGCCGGGGUCAUCGGGGGCAUGUCCUGUGCCAUCGCUGGUCUCUGGAACUGUGUCACCAUCAACCCCCUGAACAUCGCAGCCGGCGUGUGGAUGAUGCUCAACGCCUUUGUCCUGUUCCUGUGUGAAGCCCCUUUCUGCUGCCAGUUCAUCGAGUUCGCCAACGCCGUCUCCGCCAGGGCGGACAAGCUGCGGGCCUGGCAGAAAGCGGCUUUUUACUGCGGGAUGGCCGUGUUCCCCGUCGUGCUCAGCCUGACGCUGACCACGCUCUUCGGAAACGCCAUCGCCUUCGCCACCGGGGUCCUUUACGGUCUGUCGGCGCUGGGCAAGAAAGGAGAUGCCAUUUCCUACGCUCGGAUCCACCAGCAGCAGAAGCAAAUGGAUGAAGAGAAGCUCACGGGGACCCUGGAGGGACAGGCUCUCUGAGGCACACAGGGUAACCUCUCCUGGACACUGAGAUGGUGAAGAUAUGGAAAUCCACUCUGCCCUUCCCAGUGCCUGCUCCCCUCUCUGCUACACUGCAAUUUCCCUGGACACUGCAGCACCUGGAAAUCUCAGGGGCUGGGGCAGGCUGUGCCCUCUUCUCACACCAGCAGCCAGUCUUCAGCAUGUUGGUCCCUCUCUCCUUCUCAACCCUCAACCAAAUAUCUCACAGUCCCUUAAUUUUUUGAUAUUUUUUUCUUUUUGCUGCAGAGGUGCUGGCUCUCUGAGUGCUGCUUUCCCAGCCUGAACAGGCAGCCUUUUUUGGGGGUGCCCCUUUGGGAACUGCUCUCUGGAUGGGUGGGGAGGGACAGAGGUGACCUGCCAGCUCCUUGCCUGCACUGAUCUUGUGGGAAAGGACUUCUAG